UGAUUUUUAAUGUCACGAUCUUUACCCAAACGAAUGGUUUCAACAACAACAAAAAGUAGGCGUGAUAAGAUCUACUCCAAAGCACUCCUCAAGGUCCACAGCAGCAUGCCUAUCAUCAAGAUACAGCACAUACACUCUGUCAGCAGUGAGGACCCGAGCCACCCUGCCGAUAACUUACUGAACCCAGAUACUUAUAGGAAAUGGAAGUGUGCAUCGGCUGGUGAGAAGAAAGCAAUUGUAGUGCUCCAGUUGGAGAAGUCCUCUCUGAUACACUCUGUGGACAUAGGAAAUGAGGGCAGUGCUUUUGUGGAGGUGUUGUUGGGGCGGUCGAGCACCCCUGACCUAUUUGAGGUGUUAGUGGGGAUGUCCACACUCAUGACACCUAUUGAGAGCAAACAAUGGUCCAACACCAACAGGGUCCGAAUGUUUGGGAAAGAGAAGCUUGCUAAACCGGUGGCUGAGCAAAAAUGGGACAGGGUGAAGAUCGUGUGCACACAACCAUUCAACAAGAAAGAGCCAUAUGGUCUGUCCUUCCUCAAGCUCCACUCCCCUCCCGACUCUGAGGCAACCCCACCAGCCAAACUGGGAGCUUUCUCCCUCAAAGAAGAGACGAAAGACCUACCUACUGGUAGCCUGUUCUUUAAGAAGGAGCCAUCAACACACUCCUCGUCUUCCUCACCUGGAGGACUGAGCAUGGCGGCAAAGGCCCGGGCUGCAACCACCGAGGCACUCAAAGGCAACGAAUCAGAUCCACCGAUCAGAAAGCCCUCCUCGAAAGGCAGGGCCACUGCAUCGAGUAGUAGGAAGAGAGCUGCUGAAUCAGCAGUGGAACAUAAGCCAGUCAAGAAAGCUAGAAUUUCAGAUGACAGCACAGAGCCAUCCUCCAGCAAAGCUGUACCCUUUAAACAAAUCAUGACUGGUAUUGUUUUCACACUGAGUGGUUUCAAGAACCCAUUCAGAGGCGACCUGAGGGGCAAGGCCACGGACAUGGGUGCCACAUUCCAGUCUGACUGGACAGACUCUUGCACACACCUCGUGUGUGCUUUUCCUAAUACGCCAAAGUUCAACCAGGUCAAAGCCAAAGGUGGACUCAUUGUCUCCAAGGCAUGGAUAACGGACAGCCAUAUCAAGAAGCGAAGACUACCGGCCAAAAAAUAUCGAUUGUCUGGCGGAGACAGCGAGGAUGAGGAAUACGACAAGAAAGAAGAAGCCAUAUUUGGUGCCCCAGGGGGCGUGGCUAAUACCAAGCCGGACUCCACAGCUGUCCCUGCAGAUAGUGUUGAAGAAAUGGAAGUGGACGAGCCCAAGAGUGGGCCAGUGACAGAUACAGACGACAUGUAUGGUGGCUCCACUGAUGAAGACACUGAUACUGAAGUGAAACUAAAACAACUCAACGACUCGUCAGAGUGCGACACUGAGGAUGAAAUUGAAAGAGCUCGAGAGAGGAAGCCAAAGAUGACCAAGGUCACUAUUGAAGAUCCUUAUGGCGGCUCCACUGAUGAAGAAGAGACGACUACUGGGACUAAGGCUCCCACACUCUCUGAUCUCACCAAACUCCCUGACCUGUUCUCAAAGUGCACCUUUCUCCUCUAUGGCAAUUGUUCUCUGUCUGAUCGCCACCUCAUCACUCGGUACAUCACUGCCUACAACGGACGCAUUGAGAGCUACAUGAGUGGGAAUGUGUCUCAUGUGAUUUCACUGGAGGACUGGGACAACCACUUUGACCAGGCAUUAUCGGAGAACAGCAAGCUUGUCUUUGUGAAACCACAGUGGAUUUUUGUGUGUCAUCAGAAACAGACUUGUGUCCCUUAUCAACCAUAUAUUAUUGUUCCUAAGUAGCAGGUUAAUUCAUAGUUUUUGUUGAAACUAACCCUUCAUGUGAAUUUCCUUGUUCUGUGGGCGGAAACCAUAUCUCAAUGAAUAUCUUUAACCAAUAAUUAA